AUCAUCGCUCGUUAUGCGACGACGCUCUCUUCAAUAACGUAGGUAGGUAAAUGAAAGUCAAGCGGUGAUUCAGUAAUCAGUAUUAUAACAGAAGUUGAGCCCAGAACAUGGCUUUACAACUUUCACGAUUAUAUUACGUACUCGCUCUUACGUUGUUACUUGGGGUUCAUGGGAAACACGUGAGUGAGAAAAGUUUGAAUGAAGUAAAAUGUCAUGAAAGUGGACGCUUUUACAGGAAUCCCGAUCGUGAUGAGAACCUGAUGUGGACGUCGGUCGAGUGCUCCAAGUAUUAUCUGUGUCUGCAAGAUGAAGUGUUCGAGUUCAAAUGCUCCCAGGGUCUACUCUUUGACGUCAAUCGUCAGCUGUGUGAUUCCUACCAGAAUGUGCAUAACUGUGAUCUUACUACAGAAACGAUAGUACCGAAACCAUUGUUGGAGUCUGCGAGAUGUGCAAAUGAAACACAUCUGGGCUGCGCUGACGAGACAUGCGUUCUGGCUGAAUACUUCUGUGAUGGCUCCAACGAUUGUGUGGACUCUUCAGACGAAGGAUGGUGCGACAUUUCUUACGAUCCAAACGGAGCUCUACCUUGCGAUCCAGGAUUGUGUCUCUUGCCAAACUGCUUCUGUACAAAGAAUGGAACAGACACACCAGGCAACUUGGUACCUAGUCAGACACCUCAAAUGAUAACGCUCACAUUCGACGGACCCGUGAAUCAUGAGAACUGGGAUAUCUACACGAAGCAGCUUCUCAACGCGGACAGAAAGAACCCUAAUGGAUGUCCAAUUAAGGCAACUUUCUUUGUGUCGCAUCCGUACACAAAUUAUAGACACGUACAGAAGUUAUGGAACGACGAUCACGAAAUCGCAGUUAAUUCAAUAACAAAUCGCGGUCCAGCGGAGUGGUGGUCGAAGAACGCGACCGUUGAGGACUGGUUUGAUGAAAUGGUGGGUCAGGCCAACAUUAUAAAUCGGUUUGGCCGUGUAUGGAUGGAAGAAUUCAGAGGUAUGCGAGUGCCGCACUACUCAGUAGGAUGGAACAGGCAGUUCCUGAUGAUGCAAGAGUUCGGGUUUGUAUACGACGCUACGGCAGUAGCACCGUUAUCUGAUCCUCCCUUCUGGCCGUACACAUUAGACUACAAAAUGCCACAUCAAUGCAAAGGAAACAACCAGUACUGUCCAACCAGAAGCUAUGCUGGCUUGUGGGAGAUGGUGAUAAACCCGCUCAAACACGGCGAACUUACGUGUCCCACACUACAGUAUUGUCCUACGACGCUUAGCGGAGAUGAUGUGUACAAUAUACUUUUGGAUAAUUUCAAGAGGCAUUAUUUGAAGAAUAGAGCACCAUUCGGCAUUCAUUUGAACGCGACGUGGCUUAAGAAUAAUGAUUACUUGUUGGCGCUAAAAAGAUUCACAUCUGAAUUAUUGAAGUUACCUGAUGUUUAUUUUGUAACAUACCGAGAAGUGAUCGAUUGGAUGAAACGACCAACACCAGUGAUACAACUCAAGAAAUUCCAACCAUGGCAAUGCAAUAACAAAAGAUUUCAAGACAGCGAAAUAGCUUGCCAAAAACCAAACACAUGCAAGCUACCUUCAAAAGUUCUCGAGCACGAUAAAUAUAUGAUCACAUGUAUAGAUUGUCCAAAGAGCUAUCCGUGGAUUAGAAAUGAGUUUGGUGUUGAAUAACAAUAUAAGUGUAUAAUAUAAGUUAUAAGUUACCAUUUAGAUUUAAUUACUAGCACACUAAUAAAUUAUUCUUGUUUCUGUUUCA